AUGGAGAAACGCCGCCGUCUGGAAACCGAUCGCUGUGAAGAAUCUAACCAAAUCCCGACCGCAGCAGCCGGCGCCGGCGAAGAAGAUGCAGAUCGGAUAUCGCAGUUACCCGAAGAGAUCAUCCACAAGAUUCUCGCUCUCGUGAAACCCUCAAAAGAAGCAACAAAAACCAGCGUCCUGUCCCAAAGAUGGGCCGAACUCUGGCGAUCUUACCCAGUCCUGGAAUUCCACGAUACCCAGUUCCCGUCGAUCGAAUCGGCGAAAAGAUUCGCCGACGCCGCCACCAAAAAGUUCGGCGCCGGUAGUAACGAUACCCUGAUCGCCAUGGAAGCCAUCAGGAUUGAAUUUGUCUCGUUUGGGGUCGAUCCAAAAUCCUGCUCUGUUUUCCUCGACAACAUGUUGGAGUCAGCGGCGGAUCCAGGACAUAAGAGAGCACUGGGCCGUAUUUGA